AUCUAUCCCUCCUGCCCAGCUGAAUAGUCAAUUUCUUCAUAAAAUAUUUUCAAGAUCGUCGAUGAAGAAGAAAGGCAUCAAAGCUUUGUGCAGCAACCACGCCUCAACCUCUACCCUCAACCAACCCAAUCCACCAUCCCUGGAGGACAUGAUUCUGCAGCUCCAAUUACAAGAAGAACUCGCCAGAAAAGUCAAUAAUUAUAAUAAUAUUAUUAAUGCCGACAACGAUGAUAGUAAUUAUAAGCUCGCGUACUUCUUCAACGACGAUCAACGCAGGAGGUCGUGCGUUAACAAUUCCGACAUCUUGCGCUCCGCCAAGAACGCCUUGAACCAGUACCCGCGGUUUUCCCUCGACGGCAAGGACGCCAUGUACACCUCUUCCUUCUCCAGAAACGUCGUCCUGGGGGCUCCGGCGGUCGGUGCCGGAGGCAGAAAACCGGGUAACGGGUUUGGGGCGGCGGAGGGUCUGCCGCGGACGGUGGCGGGGGAGGCGGUGGUUUGGUGCGAGCCGGGGGUGGUGGCUAAGUUGAUGGGGCUUGAGGCGGUGCCUGUGCCGGUGAGGGGAGGGAGAAGAAGGAUGAUGAGUUCUGUUAUUAAGAGGCAGAAUCUGAGGAGGAGAUCGGUUGAAGUUGAAGGUCGUGAGUUAAAGGAGAAGAGAUCUGGACGACGUCGUUCCUGCCCAAAGAAAACCGACUAUUGCGUUUUGAAGCCGACGGUGAACGGAGCGGCGGCGUCGCCAACCGGCCCGCAGUUUCUUUAGAUUACUUAUUAACGAGUGUGUAUAUGCAUUUCACCGCUAAAAAAAUUAAUAUCAAGCACAGCCUGACUUGCGCAAGUGUAAGGACAUAUGAUUUUGGUGACUGCAUGAGCACAGGUUCCCUCAACUUGUUAUUUGUAGUCUGUAGAUGGGCACCCACCUACAAAGCACGAAGAAGAAGAAAAAAAAUAAAAAAAAAUGUUGAAGGCUACUUCAGUUUACAAAGACUCCGAAUUUUGAGUAAUGGACCCGUAACUUAGGUUAUGUAGGAUGCUAAACAGCAUAGUCUAAAUAUUUCAAGCAGCAUUAUUCUUAGUUAGGAGUGGUUUUGAAUUCAAGUUGGAAUUGUAACUGUCCCAAAAUUUAAUUAUAAAGGUAGUC